CAAGCCCCUUUCCUUACUGAAGGCAGCCUGGAAUUGCUCUGCUUGUGUGUGUGUGAGAGAGAGACAGACUGAUUGUGAUUUUCCUGGGCAGUGCUGCUGUCUCCAUUCUGAGCCCAGCCAGGAGGGGAUACAGAGCUCUCGGCACUAGAGUGGAGUUUGCCAUUUGCUGUGGGCUUCCUUGCCUUUUGGGCAUUUCUCCGCGGGCAGGGAGUCUUUGGGAGAAGAUGCUUUGGAGGGACUGGAUCCUUCCAGUCCCAGGCUGAGCUUCCCAAGCCCCAUUACUUUUCUCGACUGGGUUUUGGUUUUGGCUGGAGGGUUCUGCUGCCUUUCCAGCCCAGCGCUCACCUUUCACGCUAUUGAACUGGAAUGAACUGGGACUCCUCUGAUUUUAUUUUUUUCUUUCUGGAAAGUUUUUUCCUUCCCUAGCCCCCAGCUGAUUGUGAAAUUCCGUUUGGAUGGGCUUGAACCUUCUGCACCUUUUGGAUUCUGUUGCCUGACUGAGGCUCUCACCCAGACUCUCAGCUGUUGGUUAUUAUUCAUAAUUCUUUUUGCUCCUUUCCUACCUGUUGGCUGGUGGUGGAGGAAGUUUCUGCACCGUCUGGGUUUGCGAGGAUUUUGCCCUUCUCAGUCCCUCUGGAUUCCCUGCACUCCAGGAUGCUGUUGCUGCUGGCGAUGAGGAUGUUAUAAACUUCUAGAGGGGGCAGAGAUUUUGUCUCCCCCUCGAUUUCCCUAUUUGGAGAGGAUACAGAUCUGAGGUGUUGAGCUCAGUUUGCUCCUUGGUUCCCCCCCCCCCCCUUCUCUGUGGCGAUUGAGGGAAGAUCCCAGUUCUUUUUAGUAGCUGAUUUGCUGGGGCAAUCUGAAAUUUCUGUCCUCGGAGAGUGAUCUGUAUCGAUCUGCUGGCUUCCCUCAGAGCUCCUAGCCAAGGACCUUAUGGGAUUUUCCUUCAAUCUACUUCAUGUUCUAGGGUUUCGGUGGAGCUGGCCAUGAUGUUCCGGUUCCUGGUGGCUGCCCUCUUCCCAGCUGUGAUCCUGGCCGCGCCACCCCCCAUUAACAAACUGGCCCUUUUCCCGGACAAGAGCGCGUGGUGCGAGGCGAAGAACAUCACCCAGAUUGUGGGGCACAGCGGCUGCGAGUCUAAGUCCAUCCAGAACAGGGCCUGCUUGGGACAGUGCUUCAGCUACAGCGUCCCCAACACCUUCCCUCAGUCUACAGAGUCCCUGGUGCACUGUGACUCCUGCAUGCCCGCCCAGUCCAUGUGGGAAAUCGUGACGCUGGAUUGCCCGGGCAACGCCGAGAUCCCCCGAGUCGACAAGCUGGUGGAGAAGAUCCUGCGCUGCAGCUGCCAGGCCUGUGGGAAGGAGCCGAGCCACGAGGGGGCGCUGUUCAACGUCUACCUGAACGCCGAGGAGAACCUGCCCGCCGAGGGCCCCAACCCCCAUCACUACGCGCACCACCAGCAGGAGGUGGAAGAGGCUCCCGUCGCCAACCGCCACCGCGAGGAGGAGGGGGGCGAGGAGUGACCCACGCCCUCCAGGACUGUCCUUCCAGCCUGCAGUGCGGACGGGGGGGUGGUGCACGGGGGAGGGGGUGGGGCUGCGGGGUGUCUUACCUGUCUACUAACUACCCAUCAUGCUUUGCUCUUAGCGGCGCUGUGGGGUGGGCACGAACGUCCGAGGCGCAGACGGGGCUUGGGCUGAGACGUGGGGAUGGGAGCGCGGGGGGGAUCCGAGCAAACCUACUUGCACAUCAUAGUGAUAAUAUAUUGUCGGGGGGCGGGAGGUUAGGGGCAGGACGGGACCCCGCGGGGGCUGAGGGUGGCACAGGCUGGCUCUGCAGGGUUUGGAACCGGGCUUCGGAGCCUCUUAUGCCUUCUCUUCCUUCUCCUCUGUAGUUUUAAUGGACUCUCGCUGGGGGACCAGCCUCUCUGCUCCACCCCCUGCUGCUCUCCUGGGAUGUCUGUGAGGGUGAGCGAUCUCCCGCAUCCUCCUGGGAGUGGGGCAGCCCCCUGGGGGUGUAGGGCUGGGGUGCCCUUCCUCUCUGCUGCCCCUAGGGGUGGGUGCUGUAGGGAGACUCCAAAACGAGGGGAUAGGAAGAUCUUUUCUUCUCCAUACCCAGAGGAACUCACUGACUGAAACUACACCCAGCUCUGGGUUCAGGCAGGUCUUGGUUUUUGAUUUGCCCCAAAUGUGACUCCAGGAGGGAAAUGGGGGAGCCUAAAAAGGGUUUUAUCCCCAGUGCUGGUUAUCCGCGGGACGGAGAUGGUGUGUGCUGGGCAUGCCGGGCGCUGAGGGUGAAAGGAGAUGCACGUGCAUGCUGGGGCCUGGGACAGGAAUGACACGGUGGCCUAUGGGGGGCCGGGAGGGCUGGUGGAAGGGAGUGGAGGGUCUAGGGACUCUGCAUUUCUCCAGCACUCCCAUGCUCUGUCGUCUUUGGCUCCUAUUGGUCUUGCCUCGGGAAACAGGGUGUUUCCACUAGCUCAUGUCCCUGGCUUUAUUGCUGGACCCUGGCGCUCCCUCCCAUCCCUCGUCCUCUGGGGUGGGUCAAGGAGAAGCAGAGCAAGGGGCAGCAGGGACUCUCCUUGCUCGCUGCCUAGUCUGAGUCCAUUGCAAGCCUGGCGUGCACCCAGCCGAGGAGGAAGAGCUCCCUUGGGGGAAGGCAGGGCCUGCGGGGAGGGUCAGGGGACUUGGGGGAGGCCACUAUCACUGGGGCUCAAGGCCUAAUGCUUUACAAAUGGACCCAGAAACCUUCCUUCCUCUCCCCACCCCACCGCUCAGCCAAACCUCCUGCCCUAUUUGCAUCUGUUCCCAACAGUUUUGUAAGGAGCUGCUGGGCAUGGAGGGGCCUCUCUCUGCUCUGUCUGGCACCUGAGAGGGGGGCUCUUCUGGGAGGGAGUCAGGGCGCACAGUGAGCCCUGGGGAUCCUCGCUCAGUACAGUGACAGAUCGGGGGGCGUCCCUCUACCAGGGAGUCUGGGGCAUGUGUCAUAGACUCGUCUCCAAUCUGCCCCUCCCGCCUCGGCUUCUCUGCAGCACUUUACCAGAUAGUGGUGGGAGGGGGUGAGUUGAUCUCCUUGGCGGGAAUGGAACGUAGCUGGGAAUUGCUCCUUAUCUCCCCUUCACGCUACCGGGGAUUGGGGAGACGUUUGGUUGGGGACCUGGGGGCCAGCCCUGCCUGUCUCGCUAGCCACCUUCGCUCUGUUGUAUAAAGCUGAUCUCUUUGUUGCUGUUCUGACAAAAGCUUCCAGAGCUUGUCAUCAAUAUAUUUUUCCUUUUGACGGGAUUUUUUUUUUCUUAAAUAAAUUAGUUUUAAC